AUGGCAGACAACAGCAAGCCUACCAACAAUCAACUCUCGCUCGACCUUCUCGGGCCGACCGCAUACUGGACGGGCCACAACGAUAGUACUGGGAAGGCUAUCGUGCACUCCAAACACCCCGUCGACUGGGUGAAAUAUGACGAAGACAAGCUCGCCAUGUCCGUCGCCUACACCACCGCUUUCCCCGCCGACCUCAACAACGACGAAGACGUCAAGAAGCACGAACAAAAAAUGAAAUCCGGCAAUCUUGGUCUGGUGUCCGGAGGUGGCACUGUCCUGAGGUACGUGGACUUUGCUCCGGGAUAUACUUGCAUGAUGCACCGGACGCAGUCGGUGGAUUAUGGUAUUGUACUGGAGGGUCAGGUGGAGUCUGUCCUUGAUUCGGGGGAGGUGCAGUUGAUGAAGAGAGGGGAUGUCAUGGUUCAGAGGGCCACGAUGCAUGCUUGGCGGAAUCCGAGCCAGACGGAAUGGUGUCGGAUGAUUUUCUGCUUGCAGGACUGUAAGCCUCUGUAUGUGGGCGGGCAGAGAUUUGGAGAGGAUCUGGGGACUGGUACUGAGGGAGUGCCGGCUUCUGGGAACGACGCUUGA